AACAAAUAGACUGUUCUCAAAGGUUCUAAUAAGAUCAAAGGAACAGCUACCAAAUAAAUAUCUCCUUCUCACUCAGCCAGAGGCAGCAGCAUUUUGUCAUCACAUUGAAAAGGACACUACUUUUUAUGAAAUGAUGGAGAUAGUAGAUCUGUUUCUCCAGUCUUUCAGUUCCAUCUCCCUGUUGGGGGCUCUGGUGGUCUUGCUGCUUGUCUACAUCGUCUCCUCCUACAGCUUUAGAUCCCAGGAUGAAGGAAAAGAACCUCCAGGUCCGAAACCACUUCCCCUACUCGGUAACCUGCUGCAGCUUGACCUCAAGAGACCCCACCAUACAUUACUGGAGCUUUCCAAGAAAUAUGGAUCAGUGUUUACCAUCUAUAUGGGACCCAAAAAAGUGGUGGUCCUGGCAGGAUACAAGACAGUAAAGGAGGCACUUGUCAAUCAAGCUGAAGACUUUGGCGAUAGAGACGCGAUCCAAAUUGUGCAUGAACAUAAUCAAGGGAACGGGGUUCUGUGGUCCAACGGUGAAUCAUGGAAAGAGAUGAGGCGCUUUGCCUUGACUAACCUCAGAGACUUUGGGAUGGGUAAGAGGGCAUGUGAGGACAAAAUCAUUGAGGAAUGUGACCACCUCAUAGAAGUGUUUAAGAGAUGUAAAGGUGAAGCAUUCGACACAACUCAGCCCAUAAACUAUGCAGUCUCUAAUAUUAUCUGCUCCAUCGUUUACGGCAGCAGAUUUGAAUAUGAUGAUGCAGAGUUUACAUCACUGGUAGAUCGAACAAACAGAACUAUUCAGCUUGUGGGCUCCCCAUCGAUACAGGUGUAUAACUUGUUCCCAUGGAUCGGUAAAUUUGUUGCUCACAGAGAGGAGAUCAAUAUGUUGAUUUCUGCCAACAAAAAACAGAAUCAACACCUCUUUAGUCGUUUAAAAGAGACCCUCAAUCCACAGAUGUGCAGAGGCUAUGUGGACUCCUUUCUUCUCCGAAAGCAAAAUCUGGAGGAAUCUGGGGUUACCGACAGUCAUUUCCACGAUAGAAACCUGAUGCAGACAGUUCUUAAUCUCUUUGCUGCUGGCACUGACACAACAGCAACAACGCUGAGAUGGGGACUUCUGUUUAUGGCCAAGUAUCCCAAAAUACAAGACAAAGUCCAAGAAGAGCUGAGCAGGGUGAUAGGAAGUCGUCAAGCGCAGGUUGAGGACAGGAAGAGCCUGCCUUUCACUGACGCUGUCAUCCAUGAGACACAGAGACUGGCUAACAUCGUCCCCAUGGCACUUCCUCACAAAACCACCAAAGACGUAACCUUCCAGGGUCACUUCAUUAAGAAGGGGACCACGGUAUAUCCUCUCUUGACAUCCGUCCUGUAUGAUGAGAGUGAGUGGGAACACCCCCGCAGUUUUUAUCCUGCUCACUUCCUGGACAAAGAUGGGAAGUUUGUUAAGCGAGAUGCCUUCAUGCCUUUUUCUGCAGGUCGCAGAGUUUGUCUUGGAGAGAGUCUGGCCAGGAUGGAGCUCUUCAUCUUCUUCACCAGCCUCUUGCAACACUUUCGUUUUACUCCUGCUCCAGGAGUUUCGGAGGAGGAGCUGGAUCUGACUCCCCGCACAGGCUUCACUCUCAACCCUUUACCUCAUAAACUGUGUGCCAUUUCCUGUAUGUGAGCAGUAGGGCUGGAAAAUGAGGCGUCGUCCCGCUGUCAUGUCUUCAUAUUCAUUACAGUCAGGAGAGUCAUUCUAAUGAGUUCAGCGUCAUAUUUCAUUUUAGUCCACACUUUGAUUAGGAAUUUUGUUGUGUCUGUUCUGGUUGUAUGUAAAGCGUCUUUGGGCAUUAGGAAAAGCACUAUACAAAUCUUAUGGGUUAUUAUUAUGUAGUGUAACAGGACUAAAUAUACAACUUCAUUAAUGUCAUGAUCACCUUCUCACUAGAAGCUUGUUGUAAAUGCAUACUGAUCCAAAUAUAUGGUAUUCUCUAAAUCAGAUGUUGUUUCUGCUGACCCUGUCAUUGAAAACAAAAAUGUUAUUCAUAUCAAUCUUUAUCCGCCUUUUUGUGUAAAUACUCUUCACUGAAGUCAACUAUCUCAUUGAGGUAAGUGUCUUAAUAAACCAACGGCAUGAUAGGUGACAAUUUGCAA